CUGCAAGCAAAGCCACGGUCGGCAUCGCAUCAUCCCAGAUAAGCAGCAAUUUGAGCCGUCAAUUCUAACAAUCGUGACCCCCGGAGCAGCAAAUCUUCCGCUUAACUGCUACGCGACCCGUUACAAACAAUUCCAGUUGUCAAUAACUUACGAAGAAUUGCGUUACGAACGCUUACCUGACCUGUCCGCGCCAGAGCACGUUGCUAUUAUCCGCACAGACACCCGAUUAGACGCAACCGACUGCGCGCGGCAGAAAGACACAGCAGCUCUCCCCACUCGGCACUGUCUCCGGGCUGGGCGGACGCAUGAGCAGCUCCAUCGAGCUGCCGGGCAUGACGCGCCCGCGGGGGUCCUCGGCCGCCAGCGAGGACAGCAUGGGCACGGUGCGCGAGCAGGAGCUGGGGAGCAUGUACGACUAUCUGGCGAAGAUCAUAUUGCUAGGGCCGAGCGGGACAGGCAAAUCCUGUCUCCUACACCGCUUCGUCAAGAAUGAAUGGCGUGUCUUAUCGUCGCAGACCAUCGGCGUCGAGUUCGCGAGCAAGAUCAUCAAAGUAGGCACCGGCGCGCGGCGGAAAAGGAUAAAGCUGCAGCUUUGGGACACAGCCGGGACGGAGCGCUUCCGGUCGGUAUCCCGCUCCUACUACCGCGGCGCGGCGGGCGCCAUCUUGGUCUACGACAUCACGUCGCGCGUGUCGUUUAACAGCCUGCAACCGUUCCUCAACGACGCGCGGGCGCUGGCCUCGCCCAACCUCUCGCUCAUACUAGUCGGCAACAAAGUGGACCUCGCCGGCGACAACGACCCCAACCUCUCCCUCCUCCCGCCGCCAACCCCGAGCAGCACCAUCAGCUCGGCCUCAGCCUCUACCUCAUACACCGCCACCCCGGCCGCCUCCUCCCUGCCUCCCUCAUCCUACUCGUCCACCUCCACCAUCCACCCGGGCAUCGGCUCCCAACUCAAGGCGACCGUCGCCCCGGACGGGAGAGAAGUCUCGGCUGUAGAAGCCAGCCGGUGGGCCAGCGGUGUGAACAUAGCCGUCACUAUGGAGGUGAGCGCGUUCAGCGGGGAGGGCGUGGACGAGGUGUUUGGGCGGCUGGCGAGGAUCAUCCUGACCAAGAUCGAGCUGGGCGAGAUUGACCCUGACGAUCCCAUGAGCGGCAUCCAGUACGGUGAUGCGGGCGCGGUGUGGAAUGCUGGCGCCAGCGACGGCGGGAGUAUCAAGAGUACUAUCACCGCAGAUGACGUGGGGAUUGGCGGCGGGCGGAGGAGGCGGCGGACUAAUACCAAGAGGACGGGCCAGGGAGGGCUGAGGGAGUGGGAAGAGGUGUUUACGCUUACGAAUAGACGGAGGAAUAAGGGGUGUUGUUGAUAUGGUGCUGCGAAUUGGGGUGUUGGAAUGAGUGGUGGAUGAUACCAUAAUUGUUUUUGGUUGGCUGCGUCGCUGGAGUGUACCUUAAUAAGGGGCGGUACUGCCUCCCUGCUUGCUUGGUGCAUCCGGUGUGUUACGGUUUAGGGAGAUUACCUGCUGUUCCCUGUACAGCACAGCUUGCCGCGCGGAGUUAGGAGAGC